CAAGAUGCGGCGGAGCCGGUGGAGCUGCACAAGCUGAAGCUGGCCGAGCUGAAGCAGGAGUGCCUGGCGCGGGGGCUGGAAGCCAAGGGCAACAAGCAGGACCUGAUCCAUCGGCUCCAGGCCUACCUGGAGGAGCACGCUGAGGAGGAGCCCAACGAGGAGGACGUGCUGGGGGAGGAGAUCGAGGAGGAGGAGCCCAAGGCGCCGGAGCCGCCCGUGAAGGUGGAGGAGGCGCCGGUGAAGUCGCCCGACGUGAUCCAGGAGAAGAAGGUGGUGAAAAUCUCCUCGGAGAUCUCCCAGAUGGAGCGGAUGCAGAAAAGGGCCGAGCGCUUCAACGUCCCCGUCAGCCUCGAGAGCAAAAAGGCGGCGAGGGCGGCGCGCUUCGGCUUGGCCACAAUUCCCACAAAAGGGCUCUCGGCAGACUCCAAACCCACGAUAAACCUGGAAAAGCUCAAGGAAAGGGCCCAGAGGUUCGGCCUCAACGUCUCCUCCCUCUCCAAGAAGAGCGAGGAGGACGAGAAGCUGAAGAAGAGGAAGGAAAGGUUCGGGAUCGUCACCGGGGCCGGAGCCGCCGAGGACUCCGAGGCAAAGAAGCGGAAAAGGGCGGAAAGGUUCGGGAUCGUCUGAGCUGCUCCGGACUCUCCUCAGGUGGGCAUUGCCUGAACCCUUCCCCUGUUGAAGACUUGAGCUGCCAGGAUUUGCAAUUCCCGGCGGGAAUUUCGGGAAUCUCAUCCCCUGGAGCAGCGGGGGCCAUUCCCGGAAUUCCGGGGCCACUCCCAGCCCAAGAGAUUCUAUUUUUUUGGGAAUUCUCCUUUUCCACCCCUCGGGAACCUCGGAGACUCCAGGAAAUUCCCGGGAUGCUCCUUCCCAUCCCGGAAAUCCUCGGGAUCCGGGGACAUCCCGGUGCCUCCCCUGGCUCCUCCCUCUUUUUUUCCCGGUUUUUUCCCGGGUUUUGUAAUUCCCGGUUUUUUCUAUUUUCCCGGUUUUUCCCUCGGAAGGGUCGGGGCGCUGCCCCUCGUCCCACGUUUUCCCAAUAAAAAAACUUCCCUUUUCCAAGGAAA